AUGAAGCUCACCGGUGCCCUCCUCGCCUCUCUCGCAGCCAGCGCCGCCGCCUUCGACAAGUAUCAGCCAUGGGGUAAACGCGACUACGCCUGCGUCAACGUCUACCAAGGUAUCCCAGACAACUCGACCGUGAUCGCUGGCCAGACCGUCCACGUCCGGUUCAACCGACAGCCAACGACCCACUGUGCCGACCCGCUAGCCAAGUACCCGGGCGACAAAUACAGCGUCUGGUUAUACAACAAUCCCGUGCGUAAUCUGGAUACCAUCAAGUUCGACCAGCAGAUCAAGCUGGUCGACGGUAUCCCCGAGUCCGCUGGCGUAGUGGACGUCAAGAUCCCCAAGAACCUGCCCAAAGUCAAAGACGGCUCGGUGUGGUACCUGCGCCUGGGGACUUCGCUGUCGACCGCGCCACAGGUGAGUUCUGCUUUCGUAUACUCCGGAAGCCAGAUAGGGUGGAUACGCUAA